UGCAAAAAUAAUAAUAAAAUGUCGAUGGAAAUUCAACCAAACGCUGAAAAUGAAAAUAUCGCUCGUUCGAUGCCGGAGAUGGGAUUUAUAAUUGCCUUUUGUGAAAAAUUCAAGCCUCUUUUUAAAGGUUUUGAGUUUUGGCCAGAAGAAUUAGAAGGUGCACUCGCUACUGAAGCUGAUAGUGAUUUGAUCGACCAAGUGCAUUGUAUUUUUUUGACAAACUGUUUAAAUAGAACAAAGCCAGUCUCACGACAAGUAUGGAGAAAGUUAUUAUCUGAAACCAUCGAUCAAAAACUUAAAAAAAAUUAUCAAUUUUAUCGAGAUUACAAUCCACUUCGUAGGGUUAAGAAUUAUUAUGAACUUGAUGUUAGAGAUAAGGAAGGUAAAGAAGUACGCAAAUUAAUUGAGCAAGAAUACAGAUCAUCAAAGCGAAAUGAGGGGAAUUCUUUAGUAGUAGAACCUUUUGGUGAAGAUCGAAGAGGGCGCAAAUUUUACUAUUUUGGAUAUGGCGCAAGAGUUUAUCGGGAGACCAUAGUUUCCCAUAAAAGCAAUAAAUCUAAAAAGUUCAUCUGGGAAGUUAUAUCAACGACCUUAGAAGAUCUUGAAAAUUAUAUUAAUGAUUCUAAAGAGUUGAAAUCGGCCACCGGUAAAGAUAAAGCUUUAUACAACAAAUUUACAAAAGAUCUCAUACCCAUUAUCAAACAAUCUAUUGAGGCAAAGGAAAGACGAAUAGCUCGAAAGUUACGUCAAGAAAAAUUGGCACAGAGAGUUGCUUUAUUACAUGCAAAUUCUGAAGUUAUUGCUAGUCGUACACGCAGUGGUACAAGGAGAGCGAUAGGUCUUGACCCUGAUAAAAAAUCAACAUCAAAUUUAUCUUCUGCUUCAUCUACUAAAAGUAGAUAUGACGAAGAUUAUACUUAUUCUGCAGGACCACACAUGACGCGAGCGAGAGCUGCUCGUGAAAGUGCAAAACGGAAAUAUAUUGAUGAUGACGAUGCCGACUCUCAAGAUUCCACAGGACGUCAAUCAACUCGAUCAACUCAAUCCAGUCUUGCAAGAAAAAUAGCAAAGAUCUCAACGAAUGAUGAUUCUCAACAAGCGUCUGAUGAUCUUAGUUCACUUUCGAAUGAGAUUUCAACUGAUUUUAGAAUAGAUGAAGAUGAGAUCACUUUUAGUUCGCAAGAGAAAAUAGGUGAACCGAUGAGUCGAUCUGUUUCAAACAUUAGCCAAACUUCUUCCACCUCCAAACUAUCUCGAGAAAUUUUUGGAACAGAUUCUGUAACAUCGGUAUCAGAAAAGGCAGGCGAUGAUGAUUACAAAGAAGUUUUUGGCUCAGACGAUGGUACUGAAUUGUCUGAACCCGAAGAAGCUUUAGGUAGUGAUAGUGGAUCGGAUUAUCAACCAAAAGAUGAAGAAUAUGCCGCCAGUGAUCACGAAAUUAAUCCUUCUGAUGAUGCUGAUAGUGAAUAA